AGCGCUGCACUUCUCACGCGCACACACACACACCCUGGAGGAGCAAAAGUGUCAUCUUCAGUACCCGAGGAGAGGACAGCUCCUCCCCUUGAGCUCCUCCGGACCUCCCGUGCAUUAAAAGAAGAAGAAGAAGAAGAAAAAGGAGGAAGAAGAAGAAGAACUCCGCUCGGAGGUUUUCAUGUCAGUACUUUCUGGAAGAAGUCCAAACAUCCGCUGACGGAGAGAUCCGCUGCUGACCGCGUGCUCAAUAUGUACCAGGGGCAUUUACAGGGGAAAGACUCUAGGGCUGCAGAUAGGACUGUUGCCAUGGUGCUGAAGGAGAUACCAAGUAAGGCGUCAUCAGAAGGGAAGCCCCUCCUCACAGUGACUACCAAGCUGGUCGGCGAGCAACAAGAGAGCCGCCCGCUUUUAAGUCCCUCCAUCGACGAUUUCCUCUGCGAGACCAAGUGCGAUGGGGUUUCCCGCCCAGUGACUUCAAACACAGCUGUUCUAUCUUCAACGCUGGACCUGCUGGAUCUCAGUGAACCCGGCGAAAAGAAGAGCAGCAAGGACAAAAGGAGCCCUCAGUCCUCGCGCGGCAACAGCCAGAAGAAAAACUGCCACAGGAAGAAGACGGACGAGACAGAGCUGAUCCAGGUGGAAGUUGAACAGACAGGAAAAGGCGUGAGGACUGCAGAGAGGGCGUCGACAGACUCAGUUACCGUUGUUUCAACGUUGGAUAAAUGGGAAGAGCUGAACCCGAACCCCGAGAGUAACGGAAACAGGAAAUGGAAGAUGGAGAGGCGGCGUUCUUCUAAACAUUCCUCCAAUGAGUUUCUGUGGUCCAUAGACUGUAAAACCCAAAUAGAGCCGAUGAACAAGAAUGCCUUGGAAGUACACACCAAAGGGGAGCCAGAUUCUGCUUUAGCAUCUCAACUCAACAAGCAGUAUAUUAGUGGAAGACAUGCUCGCCUAGUCAAGGAGCAGCGGUUGGGCAGUGCCCUCCUUUCCAGACAUCAGUCCCUGGAGGAGGAGUUCGAGCGAGCGAAGGCCGCCGUUGAGUCAGAUACCGAAUUCUGGGACAAGAUGCAGGCCGAGUGGGAAGAGCUCGCUCGGCGGAACUGGCUGACUGAAAACGAGCAGGCACAGAUUCCCUCCUCCGUCUCUCCACAUGAGAAGGGCUACUACUUCCACACAGAUAAUCCUUAUAAAGACCUGCCUAACGCAUUCGAAGAGGGACAAAGGAAGUCACGAGAGGGAGACUUGCAAAACGCUGUGCUCUUGCUGGAAGGAGCCGUCUUGCAGGACCCUCAAGAUUCAGAGGCUUGGCAAGUGUUGGGGACAACACAGGCGGAAAAUGAGAACGAGCAGGCGGCGAUCGUCUCCCUCCAGAGGUGUUUGGAGCUCCACCCGAACAACCUCCCGGCCCUCAUGGCUCUGGCAGUGAGCCUGACCAACACCGGUAUGCGGAAUGACGCCUGCGAGGCGCUGCUGCGCUGGCUGCGUCACAAUCCGAAGACCAAGCAGCUGCUGAAGGGAAAGACCCACCUGGUGGCUUCCCCGAACUCCCAGCGCAAGAUGUCCACGGCUCCCAACGUGGGCAGAUACGAAAGCGCCCUGCUACCAGAGGUCAAGGAGCUCUUUCUGGAAGCAGUUCAGCACAACUCUGACAGCAUCGACCCGGAUUUGCAGACGGGGCUCGGAGUGCUCUACAACCUCAGCGGGGAGUUUAACAAAGCCGUCGAGGCCUUCAAUACAGCCCUGUCAGUGAGGCCCGAGGACUACUUGUUGUGGAACCGCCUGGGGGCCACACUGGCAAACGGGGACCGGAGUGAGGAAGCGGUGGAGGCUUAUACGCGAGCCCUGGAGCUGCAACCGGGGUUCAUCCGGUCCCGCUACAACUUGGGCAUCAGCUGCAUUAACCUGGGGGCACACAGAGAGGCAGCCAGUAACUUCCUGACCGCCUUGAGCCUUCAGAGGAAGAGCCGGAGUCGCCAGCAGUCCCACCAGGUGAUGUCUGGAAACAUCUGGGCUGCGCUGAAGAUAGCUUUAUCCAUGAUGGACCAGCCCGAACUCUUCCAGGCUGCAAAUAUUGGGGACCUGGAUCUUCUCAUGCGGGCCUUCAACCUAGACAUUUGAGGGACGGGAGGUAGUGACGAUAGCAUUUGCCCCUUUCGCCCUCCCCUUCAAUUUCUACCCAACAGAAAGGCCAAACUCAUCGGAAUAGAUUGAGUCUGAUGUCGGAGACAACAAUGUGGCUGUUAUGCACGUCAAGAUUAACCAGUCGUCAAACGUUGUUUCAUUUAGAGUACACGUUCUUCCGAGUGCUUGAAGUAACUGCUUUGUGAAGAAUUCGCACUGAAAUGUGUGGUUUCCCCGAAGAGCACAAGGACGGGCAAAGAUUGUACUGGCAAUGCCUUAGAGAACACAUCAAUUAAAAACGGAGUCAUCCAGCGGAACCGAGCUGAGACAGGCGGGCGGACAGUAGGAGGAUCUCACGCAGGAACCUCGCAUGCUGUUUGCAGAGAAAAGAUGAGGUUUGAGAAAUAAAUGAAAAGGUUUGUUAUCCAAUUACUUUCAAAGACUCAAGAUCGUCUCCCCCCCCCCCCCAAAAAAAAGCUCCCAAAAGGAUGGAUUUAGUGAGCAAAUGAUAAAGACUGCACCGUGUGACCUGGAGCUCCGAAUUCAGUCGCUGGCUCGUUUUUGUCACGUUGCGAAACAAUGCCGCUGCAUGAAUAAGCAUUUUCAUAGAUGGAUUCUUGUUUAAAAUGAACAUACUAGUAGAAGUUUUCCCUUUGCACACACAAACAGAUCUUCCUCAACCCAAACGGAAUGUGCAAGCCAGGUUGUAAAGCCUUACUCAAAAUGCAUGCCAACAACAAUAUUUCUAUUUAUACUCUUUUAAUGGCAAAGUGAACACACUAAGCAUUACAGGCUGGUUUGGAUUUCUUUAAAAAAAAACUGCCAUAUUCUGAACUUAAAAGCGUUUUGAGCUGUUAUAUUUUUCUUUUUGUUGUUUUAUUUUAUUUAUUUUUAUUUGGGGGGUGGGGGUGUUGGCUCCAAGCUUCUCUUUGUUCCCUUUCUGCUGACUGAGUGGAAAAAUACAAGCUCGGCAACAUUGAUCUGCAAAUCCUUCAUUAGUGUGGAAACUUUCAACAAAACAACAAGUUUUCACCGCUUUAGAAAUGUCUCUUUCCUCUUCUGUGAUGGCUUUGGUAACCCAAUUAUUUUAUUUACGAUAGUAUUUUCAAUAAAGCGCACUAUCCUAUCAGGGAGUGCACAUGUAGCUGCAAGCCGAGACUAUUUCCUCAUGCAGUUAUUUGUAUCCUCCACAGGCAACAAAGCUCAUACAUUGAAUUCAGUUAGUCUGCCUCAUCCAUAACGCAUGAUUAAUAUUUCUAUAUAAGCGCCGGCAGGAUGCCGCACACGUCUAUGAACUUUAAAUCACAUGAAAACAUUAAGAUGUGAAUCUAAAAAAACACCCGAUUUUACGGAACUAGUUACAAUCACCUCCACCAGAGAUGUCGUGUUUUUGGUCCGGUUUCUUUGUCCGCCAGCAGGAUGCUCUAAAAACGUCCCUGUUACUCCAACGCCAACAUUCCUGGGAUGCGCAGGAGAGCAAAUUAAAGAAGACGCGUCGCUCUGAAAAGCUGGGCACCUUUGUGUUUGUCGGUCGUGUCCCCGGUCGGGGUGUGCUGUAAAACAAAGUAGUAGAUCCUUUGCAAGAGGUCCUGCUUUUAUGUUGCCGUUCCGAAUGUUCAGUCCGCCUCGGUGGGCCAAAAUGCACGAGAGCUAUUCAUCAUCCCAACAGCCCGGAUGUCACGGCCUGUAUGAGAAGAAGCGUUUCAUCAGGAAACUGGUGGAGGGCAAAAACAAGUGCUCUUUUUUUAAGAGAGAACCGUGGUCGAUACACAUGCAGCGGCCUUCUAAAGGUCAGCCGUCAUGAUUUACAACAAUGCGACUUUGUGCAUCAACAAGUCCGCUGACAUUCAGUGUGUCCAGCUUUGUAAUCAGAUAGAAGCUUUAUUUCACGUUACACCGCAUGUGUUAUCUUUCAAACUCGCCGGGGGAUGAACUUUGAACCGUGUUCCAGCCGGGCCCAUUAACGCCAUCCGCAUAAACAAGUCAAAUACUGGAAACAUUUUUGGUCCCUGUAGUCCCCGUGGCCAACCGUGAUGUUUAAUAGAUCAAGGAGGCAGAGGAGCCCGGGGAGACGCAGCACAUAUGUGCACGCCACUAGCAAUCCGCAUCAGUCCACGGGGCUGACAGAGGGCUGCACGGCGCCAAUGAGGCCUAAAAGCAGAAGUGCACGCACACAUUUUUUUAUUAUGUUGAAAGAAUUCCUUUCUGGAACAAUAUGGGUGGUAUCCAGCAUUCCUCCUGUUGCAUAUUUCAUUGUCAUUCAAUUACUAAACACGUUAUUUGAAGCCGCACUAGCAGCACAAUGCCGAUCCUGUGGUUCAGAUUAAAUGUUGGAGAUGUUUGAUGGAUGACACAGAGGAUGACUAAUGCCGACUCUCUUAACUGUGGGACGGAUUGCCAUGACUUUUCGUUUACAGAGAUUCUCGCCCCGCCUCAGACGGGUAUAUGCUGAUCCCCCGGCACUUUUUUUGUUUGUUCGAACAGCAUCACCAUCAACCAAACGCCACCAAACAAGAUGUGUGCUGUGAUUUUCCCAAUCAACUGCAGUUUUUCUUAUGAGGUUGUAGGCCUUUUGCUUUUAUGCAUUUCAAGAGACUGUAGUUGUGUUAAAAAUUGAGAAGUGUAUUUUUUUAAAGAAAGUAAAUGUCUAGAUUAAAAUGUAAACGUCCUCAUGAUACUGCAGCGUAUUGAGAUGGGAUGCCUGGUGACAUAUUUAUAUUUGUAGAGCCUACCUACUGUACCUUCUCAGGUGAAUUGACCUAGCUUAACGCAUGCCCGUGAGGAACAGAUUGAGGCUGAUCGCAUGCUAGAGCCUCUAUAUUUAUUUUUCUGAAUGCAGUUUUUCACUUGUACGCAUGGAAAACAUGUCAGCGCUUUUCUUUGCUCCCACUAACGUAGAAAAGGGAAAUAUAUCCCGAGGUUCCCUUGCAAUAUUUUUACAAAGCACUUUUAAAAUCUGCAACCUUGACAAUUAAUUUAUGUAUUCAGUAAAUAUUCUACACAAAUAGCUUUUUCUUGCAUAGAACUAGGCAGCGUGCGCGGCGCGCGAGAGACCUAAUUCAUCCUACGAACGUGCACUUUCUUGAGCUUGAAUGCUGGUACAUUGCUAAAACUGGUUAAUCAUAGUUAUAUACCGUGGAACUUUUGUAAUUAUAGCUUCUGAAAAUGCUGAAUGUACUGGUAACACUUUCCAUGACCCCAGCCAGUAGAGCUCGCUCCCUGCUGUUGCCCUCUGCCCUUUGGUGUUCCUUGAUCAUCCACCACUUGAUCAACACCACAUCCAUGAAUUGUUUUGCACGCAUCCCUAAAGUGACUGUAAGAUAAGUCACAAAUAAAACGUUGUUUAAUUAUUGUUAUAUGUUAGAUGUGUCUAAGCAUUGCAGCUCCUUUAGUUCUGGUUACACAUGUAAACGGAACCAAACAACAAUCCAUGAUAAUAUGUUCAGUGCCACGUUCAUAUCAUUUUGCUCUGUUAAAAGUAGGGCGCUCCCAAAAUAAACAUGUUGAUCAUGAAUAAAUACAGACAUAUUUAACCAUUAAAUAAUCCAAAAGCGUAUGAUUAUCAUUAUAUACUUUAAAAUACAAUUUUUAAAUAAUAAAAUUCCUCUGCAAUUCAAUCGCUUAUUCUUUGUAAUGAAACUUUUUAAUAAAUCCUACUAUUUUAGUGCUUAAUUAUUAUAUGUAUAUGACAUUAUUAAUUGUAUUUAUGAAAUUUGAUCUUAUUUUAGAGUAGUUCAAGUAGGGACAAUAUGGCCUUAAAUUAUUCAAAUGUGAGAAAUUUACAGAGAAAUUUAAGACAUUUUGCAAUACAGACGCCAUGAGCGCUCCUGAUCUAUACAGCUUCGUGAGCGUGAUGCUAUCAAUGUAGUUCUUCAGUGGCUGGGGUUCAUAAAGGUUAUCAGUACAUGUUGUGUACAUUUCUUUCUUCAAUCCUACAGUUUGUUCGGGUUUAUUUAUUGAUGAAUCAGACAUGUAUGAACAAAAUUAUACUUUGAUGAAUGAUCGUAGAAGAUUAUAUACUUUAAAUGCAGUAUGAAUAACUUCACCACUUACUAUAAGGCAUAUUACUCUCCCUGUAUAAUCACGAGGAAAGCAUUAGCACCUUUAAAAUAUACAAUAUCAAAGUACUCUUUUUAAAUAAACUUGUUAUAUAUUCUA